AUGUCGUAUAUGGACCGAAUCAAAACUGCCGCACGAAAGGCGGGCUCACAAGCUUCUAUGUAUGCACAAAAGGGAUAUACGCAGCUUGAAUCGCAUGCGAGGAACGUGCAGGCAGGAUUUAGUCUGCCAGCCGAAUGUCAGCGGGCUGCGAAGAUUCUCGAGGGUUUCCUUGCAGACCCGAACAACCCAGAAACGGCGCUCAACUCUAUUCCCAAGGCUGUGCUUUUGCAGGCAAAGGGUCUCGCUAUAUUUACUGUUGUGAAAGCUGGGUUUGUCUGGUCGGGCAAAGCAGGUAGUGGUGUUGUCAUUGCUCGCUUGCCGGACGGAUCAUGGUCAGCACCCAGCUGCAUUGUUACGGCCGGCGUCGGCUUUGGGUUCCAGAUUGGUGCUGACCUAGUCGAAUAUGUUAUUGUAAUGAACAGUGAAGAAGCCGUCCGCUCGUUCGGUCUCGCUGGUAACCUGACAUUUGGGGGCAACCUAAGCGCUGCAGCUGGGCCCAUUGGCUCAGGCGGCGCCAUCUCGUCCGCACUCGUGCAUGCUGCUCCCAUGUUCACGUACAGCCGCAGUAAAGGUUUAUACGGCGGCGCAUCGUUGGAGGGCACUGCACUCUUGGAGCGGAAAGAUGCCAACGCCCAGUUCUAUGGCCAAUCGAUCCCAGCUAUGGACCUUUUGCUUGGCAAAGUGCCUGCACCAGAAGUUGCAUCGGUCAUGUAUGAAGUUGUUGAAGCGGCUGAACAGGUCGAUGAAACUGGUCUCCCGGAGCAGGCAUAUGUGCCUCAAGAACAUUUCGGCCAGGCCACUACAUUGAACCAGAGCGGCGAGGCUACGGGUACGCAAUCGGUCGCUGCCUCUGCCGGCGAACCGACAUCCUCACAACCGACUGCAUCGAAGCCAUUCCAGACCAACGAGCCUGGAGUAGAUUCUUCUGCUCCUUCAACUCCGUCUGUACCAGGGAAAGCUGCGGAUGCCGCGGCAAGCGCCACAAAGCCGUGA